CCCCAAGCUCCUCUCCACUUUUCAUCACCUCUAUCCAGUUCUUUCUUUCUCAUUCUGAUCAGAUCUCGUUUUGCACUUUUAUAUGCGUGAUAGUACUUCGACAGCGUGCAUCAAUGGCUAAUUGCUUCAAUGCCUGCAACAAGGGUGGCGUGGAUAGAGAGGUGAAAAGGGGGCAAGAGAUUUGUACACUUGAUGGAACCGUUGAUCGGCACGGCCGCCGUGCAGUCCGAGGGAGAACUGGUACUUGGGUUGCUGGAAUUUUGAUCCUAGUGAAUCAAGGGCUAGCUACGUUGGCAUUCUUUGGGGUAGGAGUUAACUUGGUUCUGUUUUUGACGAGGGUGUUGGGUCAAGACAACGCUGAGGCAGCCAACAAUGUUAGCAAAUGGACAGGAACGGUUUACCUAUUCUCUCUUGUCGGUGCCUUCCUUAGUGACUCUUACUGGGGAAGGUACAAGAGUUGUGCCAUCUUCCAAUCCAUCUUCGUCCUCGGCCUUAUAUCACUGUCACUAUCAACGCACAUAUUCUUACUCGAGCCUAGAGGCUGUGGUAAUGAACAAUCUCCUUGUGGAUCCCAUUCAGGCUUCCAUAUGGCUUUGUUCUACCUCUCCAUAUACCUAAUUGCCCUUGGAAAUGGAGGGUACCAACCUAACAUAGCAACAUUUGGGGCAGAUCAGUUUGAUGAAGAGGAUCCUAGUGAAGGGUACUCUAAAAUAGCCUUCUUUAGCUACUUCUACUUGGCUCUAAACCUGGGUUCUCUCUUUUCAAACACUGUUUUGGGCUAUUUUGAGGAUGAAGGAAUGUGGGCACUUGGAUUUUGGGCAUCAGCUGCCUCUGCAGCUCUGGCACUGGUCUUGUUUCUUUGUGGCACCCCAAGGUACAGGCAUUUUAAACCUAAAGGCAAUCCUCUCUCUAGGUGUUGCCAAGUGCUGGUCGCUGCCACAAGAAAAUGGAAGGUUGAGAUGAUGCCAAGUGGAGAAGGUUUGUUUGAGUUAGAAGUAAAGGAAAGCUCCCAGAACUGGGAUAGAAAGAUACUCCACACUCGAGGCUUCAAAUUCUUGGAUAGAGCAGCAAUUAUCACUUCAGAGGACUUCCACCAGAUGGACAAGGAAACUUACAAUCCAUGGUGUCUUUGCACUGUGACACAAGUUGAAGAGCUGAAAUGUGUCUUAAGACUCCUCCCAAUUUGGCUCUGCACGAUUCUCUAUUCGGUAGUUUUCACCCAAAUGGCAUCCCUAUUUGUGGAACAAGGCGCUGCCAUGAAAACCACCAUUUCGAGCUUCCACGUUCCUCCAGCAAGCAUGUCCAGCUUUGACAUCCUCAGUGUAGCAGCUUUCAUAUUCAUUUACAGGCGGGUUCUUGACCCUCUUCUUGCCGCCAGAAAAAACAAUCCUAAAGGAUUAACAGAGCUUCAGAGGAUGGGAAUUGGUCUUGUUAUAGCAAUUCUGGCAAUGGUUGCAGCCGGGGUUGUAGAGUUGUUCAGGUUAAAGCAUGCAAAAACAGACUGCACCAACUGUGAUGGCUCAAGUUCUAUGAGCAUAUUUUGGCAAACCCCUCAGUAUGUGCUUAUAGGAGCAUCUGAGGUUUUCAUGUAUGUUGGCCAGCUAGAAUUCUUCAACGGGCAAGCUCCUGAUGGAUUAAAGAGCUUUGGAAGCGCUCUCUGCAUGACAUCCAUAUCAUUAGGAAACUAUGUGAGUAGUUUGCUUGUGACAGUUGUCAUGAAAAUCUCAACCAGAGAUGACAUGCCUGGUUGGAUUCCUGGAAACCUUAACAAAGGACAUCUAGACCUGUUCUUCUUCCUUUUAGCAGUUUUGACAACAGCUGAUCUCGUGGUCUACAUUAUAUGCGCUAAGUGGUACAAGUAUAUCAAGUUUGAAGGAAAGAGUGGAGACAAGAAUGCCAAUGAACAGGCUGAGCUUAGAGUGGUAUAAUUAAGCAGUGGUAAUUGCCAAUAUUUUUGGUGAAUUAUGUGUAAUAAUCCAAGUCAUAAAGUAUCACUGUAUAGGAGAGUGACUUUUGCGAUGAUACUAGAGAAAUG